UUUGCACCAGAGGARAGUCACACUUGUUGAGUACAAGUAAAACUGUAAACAUGAAGCUGAGUCUUAUCCUUUUGCUGGUGUUGGCGUCUGUUGCCUUGUUCAAGGCAGAAGAGUUGCCUGAAGAGACCCUGCAGACAAGGCUAAGAAACAAGCAGCACUUAGUCGUAUUGGAGAGAGAAGAGUCUGUGGACGUGUUUUCAUUGGCUGCCUUAGGAAGACUAAAGCUCGAUGCAAAUUGAUUCCCGUCUGCAAAGUCAAGUAUUUUGCCUGUCGAUGCGUCCUCAAAGGAGUAAGAAAAUGCAAAAAAUUCCUUCACUUCGUUCGUGUCAUGGCCCAAAAACACAAAGGACACAAACACGACGAGGUUGAAGAAGACGAAGAGGACCCAAAACGAAAGAGACGAAGAAUGCCGAAAUUUGUAAAACUCUGCAAGGCUGGAUUCCGUCGAUGCGCACGAGGAAAGAAAUUCUGUGGCGGAUGUUUGAGACAAUUUGGCGCUUGCAUCCGACGACACGUCAUCAAGAAGCUCUGCAGCAAGAAGAAGGAAGGAAAGAAGUCCGAUGAACCAGAAGAUGACGAAGAAUCCAUCAUGGCUGAUGCUGUCGAGAAUGAUGAAGAUGAGACGGAAACAGAAAUCGAAGAAGAAGAUGACGGGAAGGAUUUGAUCAGCAAGAAGAGACGUCCCAACAAGAAGAUAAUUCGCUGUGCCAAGUAUGGUGUUCGAUGCAUGUUGAGAGCCCGUCUUAACUGCAGAAGACAAGGUCGUUGUGUUCGCCGUGUMAUGAAGUGCGUGCGUCGUGCCCGUCGCCGCCCACGUCCAACUGCCGGUAAACAAUAAACAAGACAAGCCACUAGAAAGUUUGAAUACACGGCUUUAAUCAUGAUUGUGAUUCAAUGAUCGAUAAAUAAAACCUAUAGACGAAAUAAAARGCAUUUGAAAAGCAGA